UCGGAGUAUGACCACACUACACAUUUCAUUGAGUCAGUGUCCGUUGAACAGACAAGAAUCCUUCUGCAAAGUAAAUUUUAAAAUGGAAUUUAAACUUCCUUUGAUUUUGGUGGCUAUGUGUGUCUGUGGGGCUCACAGUAACCAGUCGUCGAAUGUAACGAAUUCCACCACUACUCCUCCCCCGGUGGUGAAUAAUAAUAACACUGGAAACGCAUCAUCGCCAGUGUCUGCUACAAUUUACACAAUGUCCCAUUUUCAUGGAGUUUGGUGGACUAUAUACAUGCCUGACGGGUGUGUGGACGUUCCUGGAAUCCUGUUUCAAAAAGCUUCAUCCAUCGACACCCAUGACAAUUGCGUCGUCCUCUAUUCCGAAGAUGAAUGCAAAGGUCACAGCGUGGUCGUCGCGCCAGGAACUUCGGGUCAUUCCGAUCUCGACUCGGUCAACUUUGAUAACCUUCUCGCCUCUCUGAAACCUUGUGGUGAUCAUCACAAUGCGACAAAAAAAGUUGACAAUGCAACAGUUAAUACGACAGCGCAAACAACCACUACUAGUAAACCUUCCACGGCUCAUCCUACUAGUAAGGAUACUGUCAAACCCGAAAAUGGUCACAAACGUGACGCGCGUGAGGCAGGAGACGAUAAGACGGAGAAUAAGGACCCUAAUGGUCAACCGAUGAAGAAGAAGGAACCAAAUAUUACUUUGAGCUAUGUGAUUUAUUAGAAACAACGCUAAUUUCAGACUCUUCUGUCAAUUAAUCUAGUAUUGCUUCUCAUUAAAAACCCGAAAUUUCUGAAACAAUCUUAAGAAGAAUCAUCAAUUUUUAUGACGUCAUUAGUGUAAUGCUAAUAAGCUCCUUUUCUCGCAAACCCAACGAUGACGUAGUUGUUAUUUUGCAUGUAAAACUAGUUCCAAGAUCCAGAAAGAAGAAUUUGCACUAGUACCAGUAGUAUUAAUGACGUCACGACUGUCCAGUCCGUACGAUUCUGCUAACCUGUCUUUAAUCGAUUUGCAUAUUCAUUUCAAGUUCCAGUUGGAAUCAGGCUCGUGGCAUGCAAAAAAAAUCGGCAAAAAUUAAAACCAGAAUGUCUUUAACCCGUUAAGCAUAUAUUUUGUAUGUACAUAUGCACAUGAUUUUCUAUAGAUUCAAGCCCUCUAUAGAUUCAACCAAGCAAGGAUGCCAACCUGCUUUUUUAUGACGAAGUAGUACAACAACUACUACAGAAGAUACUACUCAUUCGCAAUUUCUUGGAAAUACGACUUCAACAAACACGUCUUCUCAAAUAUCUUCAAUAAAAUGAAGAAUCUUAUCGAUUUCAUAUUUUAGUCUAACCAAAAUCAAGCACAACAAGACACUUAUUUAGAAAAUCUCAUUUCAUGCACCAUUUGUUUAUAUUACAACGAUAGCACAACGCAACGCUCAAGUCGAUGCGAAGUGUUUUUGUUAGUAGUACAUUUUAGAACAAUAAACCAUCCUGAACAAUAGGAUAUUAUCAAAGAAUAAACAAAACAUAAUAUUUUCAUUUCGUUAAUGUAAACAAAGCUCAGAAUUUCAUACAUUCUGUAUUCGUAAAAAAUGGAGAAUAACGUAGAAAACGGUUCGAAAAAAUUAAAAGUUACAAAGAAAGUAUCAUGGAUGCCCAAAAGACGUAUGACUGUGAUGGCUGUAAUCGUGGCUACAUUGGGAUCUUUUGGACUCGGAAUGACUUUAGUUUGGUCGGCAAUUGGUCUCAAAAGCUUGAAAGAAAGUGUAGAAUUCAGUGGAAUAACAGAGACUGAGGAAUCUCUUAUUGGUUCCAUUAUUUACUUGGGUGCCCUCCUCUCAGCCCCACUAACGGGUCUCCUAAUCUCCGCAAUAGGACGAAAGCAGACCAUGUUGAUAUCCGCAGUCCCCUGUUUUCUGGGAUGGAUGUUGAUAGCGUUUGCCCAAAACGUAUGGAUGAUUUACUUGGGCCGAUUCAUCACUGGAUUUUGCGGAGGAACGUUUACCGUUGCGGUUCCCACGUACGUUUCGGAGGUGACGGAAAACCGAAUUCGAGGUACAUUGGGUACGGUGAUGAUCUUGAUGCUUGUUUUCGGGAUCGAGUUUACAUUCAUCGUGGGAGCAUUUGUAAAUUGGUUUUGGCUGUCGAUUGUGGCUGCUUGUGUCCCCGUAAUUUUCUUCAUCUUUAUGAUCUUUAUGCCAGAAUCGCCUCGAUAUUUGAUCAUUAAAAGGCAACCUAGUGCUGCAAGAAAGGCUCUCAAAUGGCUUCGGAGAGCUUCCACGAAACGACACAUUGAACCAGAAAUGUCACAGAUUGAAAACUCUGUCACAUCAUCAAACUCUUCCCCAUCGCAGUCCUGUUCAAUUUCGGACAUUAUGAAAUCUUCCGUUUUAAAACCAAUCGGAGUGUCCAUCACAUUGCUAGCUUUCUCCCAGCUCAGCGGAAUGAAUGGAAUAUCGUUAUACACGUCGGCCGUGUUUGAAAAGGCAGGAACUGAUAUGGACCCCAGAUUUGCCUUGAUUAUCAUUUGGGGUGCGCAAGCACUGAGCGUCCUAGUGGUCACAUUUUUCCUGGUGGAAAACUUUGGAAGGAAAACAUUGAUGAUUGUUUCAUCACUUGUGAUGAUUAUUGGACUGAUCGCCUUCGGAUAUUCAUUUCAUGUCCUAGUCGGCAACAAAAUCCCGGAUGAAUGGGCCUUCCUUCCUCUCACGGCGCUAGUAACGUUCAUAAUUGGCUACAACGUAGGCAUGGGUCCAAUUCCGUGGCUCAUAAUUAGUGAAAUACUGCCACCAAAGGUUCGAGAAACGGCAUCAAGUAUCGUGACGUUUUUCUACUGGGCGCUCUCCUUCCUGGCAGGAUUCACCUUCAUCCCGCUGGAAAACUUGUUAGGCAACCCGACGCUGUACUGGGGCUGUGCCGUGGUGACCUUCAUGUCCACCUUGUUUGUCAUUUUCGUCGUACCAGAGACACGAGGAAUGACUUCGGACGAGAUUCAAGCCCAUUUUGGGGCACGGCUCAAGUCUUCAAGUACACCGAAGGAUUUGGAACUGCAGAAUGAAACAGAGUUCAAUAAUCGAGGGGAAAAGGAUGAAGGAAUUUCUAAUCCUGGAUUUGAUGAGAUUGACAUUCACACCUCGUAACGUUAAUCGUUGCUGUUAACGAGAGGGAUGAGAGACUGACUGAUUAUAGAGUGAGUGAAGUGUCAAGUGAUUCGUGGUGUCAUUUCUGCACGGGUAGUAAUUUUAGCAAUCCACGCUGUUUGGCGAAGUCGGACAAGAAUGAGACGAUGCAAAGUUGAAUUGCAGAAUUAUUACGGCAUACGUGACCACCACGCUCACCAUCUAAAUAAAAGUUUGAGUGUUAUAUAAUAUGACAAUUUUGUAAGCAAGCUUAUGAAUUUUGUUACAUAAGUGCGUUUUUUUACCGUGCCAAUAAAUCCAUACGUGAUGGUCAGAA